AUGGCCCUGGUGUUGAUCCUCCAGCUGCUGACCUUCUGGCCACUAUGUCACGCAGACAUCACUAUGACUGUCCCCACAGCCUCAUACCCCAAGCCGUGGCUGGGGGCUCAGCCAGCUGCAAUUGUGAUCCCUGGAGUCAACGUGACCUUGAGGUGCAGGGCACCCCAACCUGCCUGGAAGUUUGCACUAUUCAAGUAUGGAGAGAUCACCCCCAUGCUGUAUCGGGUUGUGUCCGCGGAGCUGGCAGAGGUCUUCCUGGAGGAGGUGACCCCAGCCCAGGGCGGCAGUUAUCAAUGCAGAUACCAAAAUCCAGGCUGGGCGCUGGGUGUCUGGUCCCACCCCAGUGAUGCCUUGGAACUGCUGGUGACAGAUGAGCUGCCCCGCCCAUCGCUGGUGGCGCUGCCCGGGCCGGUGGUGGCGCCUGGCGACAACGUGAGCCUGCGCUGCACUGGCCGCCUGCGGGACAUGCGGUUCGCGUUGUACCGCGUGGGCGAGGCAGUGCCGCUGCAGUACCACAACUCAGAGCGGUCCUGGGCUGACUUCCCGCUGCCUCGCGCCAGCGCCCCCGGCACCUACAGCUGCUACUACCACACGCCUCACGCUCCCUACGUGCUGUCGCAGCGCAGCGAGCCGCUGGUCAUCAGUUGGGACGGCUCGGGCUCCUCCGACUACACCCUGGGCAACCUCAUCCGCCUGGGGCUGGCGAUCCUGGUCCUCGUCUCCCUGGCCACGCUGCUGAUUCUGGACUGGCGCAGUCCCUGCUAG